AUGGUGUGGCAGGUUACAAAAUCUCAAAUAAAUGGCAAAGUUAAUUAACAUACCUAAAAAUAAAUGUCACAUUUAGCCACACGUUAGAAGCGGUCAGACAGACUCAACAUAUAAUUCUAACCGUGUGACUUGGCCAAGUCAGAGUUAGUUACAGCUUGUUUAGCUGUUGCUCAUGCAUGCCUCUGUGGGUCUAUUUAAGGGAGUCGUGAGAACAUUCUUUCUGACAAGACAAACAGAAGGAGAAAAGCUGAGGCUGCUAAUAGGAAAAAGAAGAGGAUCUGAUUAGAAGCUCUAGAUAUGGAUGAGUAUGACGUCUUCAGUUUACCAAAUGGAUCAAUCACCGAUAUCGCGGGAGUUAUCAUGCAUGUUGGCCCAAUUGACCACGACACAUAUUUCCCUCUAGGCAUGAGGGAAUUAGCAGUGGUGGACUCCAAUGAUCGUACUGUGUUCCUCCGGUUUUUAGAUGAACUAGCUGACAGCCAUAGAGAACAACUAUUUUUUGGGGAAAGGCAUUAUUCAUUCCUAAUGGCAACCUUUAUGGAGGUUGACCAAGCGUCGAGAAGCCUUUUAAGUACAACAGCAACAACAAUCACAUUUCAUCGGUGCUUACCAUGUCAUCAGUUUGACAUGCUUGAAGGUGUGCGCAAACGAAUUCAUAAUGAUUCAGCUUACGGUGAAGCGGUAAAAAAUGUUGUACUUCUUAGGAGGGAUGCUCAAAAUCCAGCCAACGAGUACAACACAGUUCAUCUACCUGCUGAAGCUUCUUCGAUCAAAUACAUGUACAACUAUCUGAAGCGCAGUACACCCGGGACAUCGCCAGAUAAAGUUGACAAGUACAAUGAAGUUGAUUAGGCAUGUAUGUCCAGAAUCAAUAAUUCUUUAGAAAGGGAUGGUGUUUUAAGCGAGUUAUUUCUAUCCUUUGUUAUAUUCAGAAGUUGGUACUGUGCUAUCAGGUUGGUUUGGAGCCAACUGUUUUGUACCAACACGUAGUGAUUUUGUUUUGUAAUGUAAUAAUUGGACUGUCCGUAAUAAAAGGGUAUGAAGUAUCAAGAA